AUGUUCUUCAAAAUGUAUGCAAUCUCAGAAAAAAAUGGAACUGAGGAGCCUGCUUGCGGGGCAGAAAUAGAGAAGGAGACGUGGAGAACGGACCCAGGCGGGGAAGCAGACGGUGGAGUGCAUCGAGAGCAUAGCUCUGACCUCUGCGCGUGGCUCCCACCCACGCCCCGUCUCCCCCUCGCCCGCUGCAAUGGAGUGUGCUCUGCGCUGGGUCCCCGCGGGGAGAAAGCAGAGAGGCCGCGCCUGCAGGACGCAGAGCAGAGGCGGGAGCAGGAGCGGGGCUCGUCCGGGCAGUCGUCGCCCCCACCCCCCAAGAAGGGCCAGCCCCCCAGACCCCUCCCGGGCCCCCGACGUCUCCUGUUUACCGGAAGGGAGGCUGUCACGUCCAACGGAACCACGGCGUGGCCCUUGGACGGGGGCCGGCUCGCCGGGGCCUUCGGAACAGAGCAGAGAAGCCCGUUCGCACUGCAGGAGGAGGUGCUGCCCGACAGACACGCAGCUGCCCCUGACAAACGCACUGAGCCUCCAAACCUGACAGUUCCAGGAGGUAAGCAGAACCAGCCAAGCUGGCCGCCAUCCCUGGAGACUCUGCAGCCUGCCUGGCAGACGGUGACGCGAGGCUUCCGGCAGCACAACCUCCUUCCAGGGCUGCAGACACCCGGAGGUGUCAAGUAUCGGGGUGCUGACCGUCACGUGCCUCCGAGCCGCGACGAUAUCCGGGGCUCAAAUACAAGUCCCCAAAUAUCACCCCUGCCCUCGUCCCGCAUCUGCGGCCUCGAAGGCUGA